UGUAAUAAUUAUGGUUGUGUGUUUAUUAGUGAGACGUCUUCACUCUUCAGGAACGAAAAAAUGAUGGUGGGCGUGACAACAACAUGCCAUCAUUACCCACGCACAUAUGGCAUUAUCCUUCCUGAACUGAUACGACACCGUUUGCGACGUAAACUACUGGUAAUUCAACAAAAUUCUAAAAGCGAUUUGCCAGCUGGCCAAACUCUAACAAAUCCGGAACAAUCUUAGUAUAAAUACCAGAGUCCCGGAGAGGUUAGUGCUCAUCGUUGCACAGUCAAUUCAAUCAAUCGUCAAAGCUUUACGCAAUUAACCAAGGGGCUUGACCGAUCACCGACCGGAAAACACAUAUACCGACCUCCGAGGACUCUCAUCAAUGGCUACAAAAGUGUAUAUUGUGUACUACUCCAUGUAUGGACAUGUAGAAAAGCUGGCUGAAGAGAUAAAGAAAGGAGCUGCAUCUGUUGAAGGAGUGGAAGCCAAAUUAUGGCAGGUGGCAGAGACAUUGCAUGAAGAGGUGCUGGGUAAAAUGAGUGCACCUCCUAAAAGCGAUGUACCAAUAAUCACAGCAAGCGAACUCUCAGAAGCUGAUGGAUUUGUUUUUGGAUUCCCCACCAGAUUUGGUAUGAUGUCGGCUCAAUUCAAAGCAUUUUUUGACUCCACCGGUGGUCUCUGGAGAACCCAACAACUCGCCGGAAAACCCGCCGGUAUCUUCUACAGCACCGGAUCUCAAGGCGGCGGUCAAGAAACCACCGCGUUAACGGCCAUCACUCAGCUGGUUCACCAUGGGAUGAUAUUUGUGCCGAUUGGGUACACAUUUGGAGCUGGAAUGUUUGAAAUGGAGCAAGUCAAAGGUGGGAGUCCUUAUGGUGCAGGGACUUAUGCUGGGGAUGGUUCCAGACAACCAUCUGACCUUGAGCUCCAACAGGCCUUCCACCAGGGAAAACAUAUUGCCACCAUUACUAAGAAACUCAAGGGACUUGUUGUUGCUGCUUGAUCCUUACAUCGCAAAAUAUCAAACCAAAAAAACAAAACCAUGAUACUAUUUUAAUUUCUUUUCUUUUUUAUACCAUCUUCUAUAUCAUUAUCAUUGUCUAUUUCUGUUUCUAUUUCUAUUGUCAUUUCUGAUUGUAAAAGGCUUCUUCUUUUGAAAAAAAUACAACAUAAUAUUUCUAUGGUUUCUUCACAUUUCUCAUAUGUCAC